AUGGGAAAGCCGUACCCCAAGUCACGUUUCUGUCGGGGUGUCCCAGAUCCAAAAAUCCGAAUCUAUGAUCUGGGCAGGAAGAAGGCUAGCGCAGAUAAGUUUCCACUCUGCGUCCACCUGCUGUCGAACGAAUACGAAAAACUGUCUAGUGAAGCACUCGGGGCUGCUCGCAUCUGCGCCAACAACUAUCUCGUGAAAUACUGCGGCAAGGAUGCUCUCUAUCUACACAUGCGUAUAGACCCCUCUAAGCAAACCGAGUCACCAUCUACGGAGGACGAGGAGGCGAAAAGAUCUCUAGAGGAUAUCAUCGAACAGGAGGAACUAACUGAACUCUUCUCAACAGUAAAUCUGGAUUUCCCUGCCUGCUCGGUUUCUGAGGCCGCGGUCAGCCUUCUUGCGCGAGUUAAUCAGGUCAUAGAUCAGGCGGAGGCUAUGCUUACUUUCAAUCUCGAAGAUUCUGGCGCUAAAGUCGAAGAUACUGAUCCCAGUCUGGUCAGACGGGAGUCAACUGCAGAUCUUAUCCAGUCUCUCCUUACCCUGGUUCCCCGACUUAUUUUUCUCUAUGUUCACACCGUCUAUUACGAUGACUGCAUUUAUCUCGCACACGAGUGUCUCACUUUGGGAAAACUGAGACUGUAUCCUCUAGCGGACAGAUUGCUGAAAGCAAGGGGGACUGCCGACGUGGAGGGCGACGAUGGAGAUUUUUACCUGUUCUCCCUGGCCAGCUGUUCGACCAUACAGUUGGUGUCGCAACUACGAGAAGCCGGAACAUCGGUCCUGAUGGAGCGACUUCGCGAGCAGCGUAAUCAGCUUGAGGAGCAGUUUAAGCUCUCCAAGGGACUACGUGAGUCCGCGACGACUGGUUCGAAUGACUGUCAACAGGCAAUUGUAGCCUGUCUCUCCUUGAUUCUGCGUAUGUCAAAGGAACUAGAUAUCAUGCCGAUGUCUGUGUACCUCAGAUGUCUCGGCGGCUUCUAUCCUCUAUCGCCUUUUUCUCUUCCCAUGUUAGUUGGAGUAAUGUUUUUUAGGCAGUCACCUGGGCUUGCUGGCGUUCCGAGCACUUUCGUCUUCGUGUCUUCCGAAAACUAG